CUCACUUUUAACCGAUAACAUUACAAAAAUACCCAAAUACAUUCUAAGUGUAACAGAAUCACUCUAUCUCUCGGUAAUGGCGGGCUAGUGAUACCUGAAACCCAAACGUCGUCGUUUCUUUCGUAAGAGCAGCCAGCCAUGACUUUGAGCACAGAACACUCUCCCUCUUCUACUCCACUCGACUGGAAAUUCUCUCAGGUCUUCGGUGAACGAGCUCCCGGAGAAGACCUCCAAGACGUUGAUAUCAUAUCAUCAAUGGGAUUCGAGAAGAGUGGUGAUUACCUUGCCGUUGGAGAUCGAGGCGGCCGCGUUGUGAUUUUUGAAAGAAAGGAUGGGAAAUAUACUUCAAAUGGGCACCUUUCUCGGAAUGAGUUGGAGCAGUUGGAUUUUAGUUUUACAAGCCAUCCUGAAUUCCAAUAUAAGACUGAGUUUCAGAGCCAUGAGCCUGAGUUUGAUUACUUGAAGAGUUUGGAAAUCGAAGAGAAGAUCAACAAAUUAAGAUGGUGUGAUACACAGAAUGGGUCGCAAUUUAUCCUCUCAACAAAUGAUAAGACGAUUAAGCUGUGGAAGGUGAAGGAACAUAGAGUGAAGAAAGUAAAAGAAAUGAACCCAAAUCCUCCCGUGUGUUCAGAGAAUGCACUUUUGGCUGAAAGGAGUUUUAUAAGUGGACAAGACAAUCCAUCUGUUGGUAAUGGCUAUCUUCUGGAAUGGACAGAGAAGAUGGGUUCUAACACGUUUCCAUCUCAAGAAGUGCACUCGAAGAUUGCUGAUAUUGAAGACACUGCUCGUACAAGAUGUCGAAGGGUGUAUGCUCAUGCUCAUGAUUUUAACAUCAACUCCAUCUCAACUAAUAGUGAUGGUGAGACAUUUAUCUCUGCAGACGACCUCAGAAUAAACUUGUGGAACAUUGAGAUUAGUAAUCAGUGUUUCAAUAUCAUUGACAUGAAGCCAUCAAACAUGGAGGAUCUUACUGAGGUCAUAACAUCGGCUGAAUUCCAUCCAUUUCACUGUAAUUUGCUUGCAUACAGCAGCUCAAGAGGUUUUAUUCAUCUAGUUGACAUGCGGCGUUCAGCAUUAUGUGAUCACAGUGCAAUCCUAUUACAAGAUGGAGGAUCCCAUGGGUUUAAAUCAUUUUUUACAGAGAUCAUCGCAUCCAUCUCUGAUAUAAAGUUUUCAAAUGAUGGGCGGUAUAUCUUAAGUCGUGAUUAUAUGAAUCUAAAGCUGUGGGACAGUCAUAUGGAUUCAUCGCCAGUUGCAACAUUCAAGAUUCAUGACCACUUGCACCCGAAGUUAUGCGAGUUGUAUAAUAACGACUCCAUAUUUGAUAAAUUUGACUGCUGCCUCAGUGGAGAUGGAAUUCAUUUUGCAACUGGAUCUUACAGCAAUCUUUUACGUAUUUUCUCCCACGGUGUUGGAGGUGCAGAAGGGAUCACAAUAGAAGCUAGCAAAAAUUCCAACAGGAAGCCACUUCGUGAUGCUGCUCCAAGGACUAGAAGGUCAUCUUUAAGCAAUCUGACACGUGGACUUUAUCGCCUUGGGCAUGAACACUCAAGCUCAGGUACCGAUGAAUUCUCUUGUAACUUAAGCUCUAAGCUACUACAUUUGGCAUGGCAUCCAACCACAAACUUAAUUGCUUGUGCCGCUGGGAAUAGCUUGUUCAUGUAUUAUGCAUAGUUUCUGUACGGUCGUACCCAUGGAAAAUGAAAUAAAUCAACUAAUACUAGGAAGAACUUGUGCAUAUUACUUGUCUGUUCUUUCUACAAAUUUUACUUGGAUGUAUGCUGAUAGAAAGGAAAAUGAUAUGCAAAAUGUAAAAUAACUUUCUUUCUUCGGCCUACGAAUAUGCCAGCAUGAUGACAAGGCUGACUUGAGACUUACCUUUCAGUGGUUAUAUAAUUUACUGAUUUUUGUAGAAA